AUGGGUGAUCGUGGCGGGCAAGGAAGGGCUCGCGGUCGAGCAGGCCGAGGUAGCUACGGAGACCAACAGGCCAGACGACCGGGGGAACAAUUGCGCCCAGCGCAAUCUGCUCCCGGUCCGGGUUCAGCUGCCCCAAGACCUCAACCACCUAGUGCAUGGGGUCCACCUAGCGUAGCUCCACAUGUUAGAGCUGGAGUGCCUCAACCAACUGAACCUGCUGGCAGAGCCUCUCAUCGUUCAACUCCAUCCACUCAUGCACACCCUGGAGAUGUAGAUGUUCAACAACAAAUGCAAAAUUUGGAUAUAGGUAGAAAAGAAUUUGGAAGUGGUGAUGUUGCAUCUGCACCUUCACGAGGCUCAUUCCGAGGUGGUGGAAGAGUUCUGCCUGAUCAAGUUCAAGUUCUUAGGACACGACCAGAAGCAGUUACAUCAAAAAAGGGAACAUUUGGUACACCAAUAAAUCUACUAGCCAACUAUUUCACUGUGGAAACUACUCCUCAAUGGUGCCUUUACCAGUACCAUGUUGAAUUUGAUCCAGAGGAGGAUCGCACUGGUGUUAGAAAAUCCCUUUUACGUCCACACACCAAAAAUUUUGGGGGAUGUCUUUUUGAUGGAACAUCACUGUACACUGUGAAUCGUCUACCACAGAGUCCUAUGGAAUUUUACUCUGAGCGAAAAUCAGAUGGGGAGAAAAUACGGAUUUUGGUCAAGCUGAUUUGUGCUGUCAGUCCUGGAGACUACCAUUACAUACAAAUCUUCAAUAUUAUUAUUAGAAAAUGCUUCAUCAUGCUGAAUCUUCAAAUGAUUGGGCGAGAUUUCUUUGAUCCACAGGCUAAGGUUGACAUGCGCGAACACAACCUGCAAAUUUGGCCUGGAUACAAAACUACUAUCAACCAAUAUGAGGACCGGCUGUUGAUGGUCACAGAAAUAACGCACAAGGUAAUCCGUUUGGACACAGUUCUGCACUUGCUGCAUACAUAUAGCAACACUAAAGGGCCUUCGUUCAAACAUCAAUUUUGUCAAGAUUUGGGAGGUCAAAUUGUAAUGACGGAUUACAAUAUGAAAACGUAUCGAAUUGACGACGUGUCGUGGGAAACUACUGUCAGAUCAACGUUCCGUAUGAAAGAUGAAAAUAUCACAUACAUUGACUAUUAUAAGAAGAAAUACAACAUCAACAUCACGGAUAUGAGCCAGCCCCUAUUAAUAUCGCGUUCGAAGCCUCGCGACAUCCGAGCGGGAAUGCCCGAGCUGGUCUUUCUGGUGCCGGAGUUGUGCCGAUUGACUGGUCUUUCUGAUGAUAUGAGAGCCAAUUUUCAACUUAUGCGCAGUAUGGCCGUUCAUACUAAAUUAGGCCCCGAUCAGAGAAUUCAGAAAUUGCUCCACUUCAAUCGCAGGUUGACUCAGACUCCGGAGAUCGUACAGGAACUGGCGUCUUGGUCGUUGAAACUGUCCAAUGACUUGGUGCGGUUCAAGGGACGACAAUUGCCUCCCGAGAAUAUAAUCCAGGGAAACAAUGCGAAAUAUCCGGCUGGAGAUACUUAUGACGGUUGGACUAGGGAUAUGCGAUCGAAACAGCUUCUUACUAUUGCUCAAGUACCUUCGUGGGUCGUGCUCACCCCGAGUCGGCAGCAACGAGAUGCGGAAUCUUUCGUGGAUCUCAUAAUCAAGACUGGCGGCGGAUGUGGAUUUAGACUGCCAAGACCUGAAAUUGUAACAAUUCAAAGGGACAGCAGUGGGGAUUAUUCCAAUAUGUGCGAUACAAUUAUUGCCCGUAAAAAUCCCACUAUAAUGCUUAUCGUUUUGGCUAGAGCCGCUACUGACAAAUACAAGGCGAUUAAGAAGAAGUGCACCGUAGACCGCGCAGUUCCCUCACAGGUUGUGUGCGCACGGAAUAUGACAAGUAAAACUGCGAUGUCCAUUGCUACGAAGGUUGCCAUUCAAAUGAAUUGCAAGCUGGGUGGAGCACCGUGGACGGUUGAAAUCCCGCUGCCGAGUCUCAUGGUCAUCGGAUAUGAUGUUUGCCACGACACGCGGUCCAAGGAGCGCUCGUAUGGAGCCUUUGUGGCCAACCUUGACAGGCCCAUGAGCCAAUACUUCUCAGCGGUUAAUGCACAUACUUCGGGAGAGGAACUCUCCGCCCAUAUGAGCUUCAAUGUCGGUUCCGCCGUUAAGAGAUAUCGCGAGAAGAACGGUGUAUUACCCGGAAUGAUUAUAGUAUACCGGGACGGCGUUGGCGAAGGACAAAUUCCCUACGUCUCCAGCCACGAGGUUGCAGAAGUGAAGAAAGUGUUAACUGAAAUAUACGGAACUCCGCAAUUCAAGCUGGCGUUCAUAAUCGUCUCGAAACGCAUCAACACGCGUAUCUUCGUCGACGGGAAUCGUUCUGGGGAUAAUCCCAAACCCGGAACUGUCAUUGACGACGUGGUUACAUUACCGGAGCGUUACGACUUCUAUUUGGUAACUCAGUCAGUCCGCGAGGGUACGAUCGCUCCAACCUCGUACAAUAUCAUUGAAGAUACAAGUGGACUGUCUCCAGACAGGAUCCAGCGUCUGACGUACAAGCUGACUCACAUGUACUUCAACUGUUCCUCUCAAGUGCGAGUCCCCUCCGUCUGCAAAUACGCCCAUAAAUUGGCUUUCUUGACGGCUAACAGCUUACAUGAUCAGCCACACCAUUCGCUCAGCGAAUCUUUGUACUAUAUCUAA